AUUGUGGAAUGAAAAAGAGUGAUGGCUUGCAAAUUGUAAGAAGGAAAAAGAAAAAAGAAAAGAAAAAAGAAAAGAAGAAAGGUUUUUGCAAAAUGAAGUGAAGGGGUAGAGAGAGCAGCACCACGAUAUACUCAAUUUUUUUCUUUCUGAAAAAUUCAUAGAACAAGAGGAGGAGGAGGAGGAGGAGGAAGAAGAAAAAGAAGAAGAAGAAGGGUUCAACGAUCCAGUGAGAAGGAGAUAUGUCUGACCUAGACCGCCAAAUUGAGCAGUUGAAGAAUUGCGAGCCCCUCAAGGAGUCUGAAGUUAAAGCUCUUUGUCUCAAGGCCAUGGAAAUCCUCGUCGAAGAGAGCAACGUUCAACGAGUUGAUGCCCCCGUUACUAUAUGUGGAGACAUCCAUGGGCAGUUUUAUGACAUGAAAGAGCUUUUUAAAGUCGGAGGCGAUUGUCCGAAGACUAACUACUUGUUUCUUGGCGAUUUUGUUGACAGAGGAUUUUACUCAGUCGAGACAUUUCUAUUACUACUCGCUCUAAAGGUGAGAUAUCCAGAUCGAAUAACUCUUAUCAGAGGGAAUCAUGAAAGCCGUCAAAUCACACAGGUUUAUGGAUUUUAUGAUGAGUGUCUUCGCAAAUAUGGCUCCGUGAAUGUUUGGAGAUACUGUACUGAUAUAUUUGAUUACUUAAGUCUCUCGGCUCUCAUUGAAAACAAGAUAUUUAGCGUCCAUGGUGGUCUGUCUCCUGCCAUAACAACUCUAGAUCAAAUUAGAACAAUUGAUCGGAAGCAAGAAGUACCUCAUGAUGGUGCCAUGUGUGACUUACUGUGGUCUGAUCCUGAAGACAUUGUAGAUGGCUGGGGUUUGAGUCCCCGAGGUGCUGGUUUCCUGUUUGGUGGCAGUGUUGUGACUUCUUUCAACCACACAAACAACAUUGAUUAUAUUUGUCGAGCUCAUCAGUUGGUAAUGGAAGGUUAUAAAUGGAUGUUUAAUAAUCAGAUAGUCACAGUUUGGUCAGCUCCGAAUUAUUGUUACAGAUGUGGUAAUGUAGCUGCUAUACUUCAACUGGAUGAGAACCUUAACAAGCAGUUUUGCGUCUUUGAUGCUGCUCCACAGGAAUCAAGAGGAAACCCUGCGAAGAAACCUGCACCAGAUUACUUCCUCUGAAAUCUCGAAGUGGAGAAGAUAAUGCUCAUCAUUUCGUGGAUGUUCCAAGAAAAAAACGAUAGAAAAAUUAUGGAGUUGCAUGGUGGAGACGAUUGUUCGACACCAUGAGAAUCAAAGCCAUUAGACAUGGGUGAUUCAUUAAGCAGCAAAAGGCUGUGUGAUCUGAUCAGUUAGGAUGGUUGAGUUUAGUUUUUUCUAUUUGUUGUUUGAUGUGUUUACAUGUAAUGAGUGCAUUAGAAAUUUGUGUAAAAGGCAGAUUCCAGGCAUAUGAUUAUUAAUGCCUAAUGAAUGGGGCCUUCCAAAAGGAGGUGCUUCAUGGGAACUUUGUGAGGGGGAAGAUAUCUGAAUUAUAAUGGAUGAAUUAAAAAAGGAAAAAAAAAAAAAAGAAAAAAGAAAAAAGAAAAGAAAAGAAAAGAAAAGAAAAGAAAAGAUGGUUUUGUUGCCACUUUGGACCUAAAGUAAAUGAGACUCCAAAUUCUUUUUCAAGGAUUACUCUCUUUUGGGGCCUUCACCUUCACCUUCA